AUGUUCAUUAGAGAAGUGAAUAGAGAAAGCACGGCAAAUGUAAAUUGUAAAGGAGCAAAUAUUUUGUGUCUUUUAUGCAACUGUGAAAGCACUGUUGUAUCCCGAAGAAAUAGCAAGUGGAUAAGUCUGUGCUAUGUGGAGGUGCUGGAGGUAUCUAAAGAUAGGGCGUAUCCAGCAUGCUCCCACUGCAAGAAUGCACUUCCACAUGAGUUUACAAUUUGCAGAAAGUGCAGGCAUAUCAUACACAAGCCGAAUACAGAGUGUGAGGAGUGCAGAUAG